AAAACUUCCCUUCGCCACUCCGAGAAAAUAAAAAAAAGAUGGCGUCCAUGCCGACAGCCCUCUUCGCCAAAACCCCAUUCUCGUCCCCAAAGCUCCACGGCCACCAAACCCUAUUCCCAAAUUACCCCUCCCCUGUUUCCUUCCCGAAACGCCCCUCCCGUGUUUCGUGCUCCCUGAUCGAGCCCGACGGCGGAAGGCUUGUUGACCUGGUGGUCCCGGUGGGCCUCAAGGGAAUCCGGCGGAGGGAGGCGGAGGCGGCGGGGGGCCUACCGCGCGUCAGUGCUGGUCGAGGUCCGAACCUCGAGUGGGCCCACGUGCUGAGCGAGGGGUGGGCCAGCCCCCUUAACGGGUUCAUGAGAGAGUCGGAGUUCCUCCAAACACUUCAUUUCAACUCGAUCCGAUCCGACAGCGGGUCGGUUGUCAACAUGUCGGUGCCCAUCGUGCUGGCGAUCGACGAAGAGAAGAAGAGGGAGAUCGGGGAUCGGAGGAGAAUUGUGCUGGUUGAUGAAAAAGACAAGCCUGUCGCCAUUUUGAACGAUAUUGAGAUCUACAAACACAAUAAAGAAGAACGAAUUGCAAGAACUUGGGGAACAACUGCCCCAGGACUUCCCUAUGUUGAGGAAGCAAUAACAAAAUCUGGAAACUGGUUAGUUGGUGGAGAUCUUGAGGUGAUAGAGCCGAUCAAGUACAAUGAUGGCCUCGAUCAAUAUCGCCUCUCCCCUGCACAACUCCGAGAAGAGUUCUCAAGGCGCAAAGCUGAUGCAGUUUUUGCUUUCCAGCUUCGGAAUCCUGUGCACAAUGGCCAUGCUUUGCUCAUGACUGACACUCGUAGGCGCCUUCUAGAAAUGGGUUACAAAAAUCCAAUUCUAUUGCUUCACCCAUUGGGAGGCUACACGAAAGCAGAUGAUGUGCCGCUUACUUCGAGAAUGAAGCAACAUGAAAAGGUUCUUGAGGAGGGUGUACUUAAUCCAGAGACGACGGUGGUUGCAAUCUUCCCCUCGCCAAUGCAUUAUGCGGGACCAACAGAGGUGCAGUGGCAUGCAAAGGCUCGAAUAAAUGCAGGUGCUAACUUUUACAUUGUGGGGAGAGAUCCAGCUGGUAUGAGUCAUCCGGUUGAAAAGAGAGACUUAUACGAUGCAGAUCAUGGGAAAAAAGUACUAAGCAUGGCCCCAGGGCUUGAGAGGCUUAACAUCCUACCAUUCAGGGUGGCUGCUUACGAUAAAACCCAGGGCAAAAUGGAUUUCUUCGACCCAUCGAGGCCUCAGGACUUCCUCUUCAUCUCCGGCACCAAGAUGCGAACCCUAGCAAAGAACAAAGAGAACCCACCGGAUGGAUUCAUGUGCCCUGGCGGAUGGAAAGUGCUGGUUGAGUACUAUGACAGUGUUGCUGCUUCAGAGGGCAACAAUAAAGUACUUAACCCUGUUCAUGCCUAAGCUUCUGUUUAAUAGAUAAACCUCUUGAUAUUUGUGAAAUUAUGCUUUCAAGUAUAUUGGCAGUAAAACUUGUGUGAUUUGUGUUUGUAUUGAAGAAGAAGAGUGAACGGUUUAGUAGUAUUGUGUAUGUUGCUCUUCAAGUAAUUGUCGUUGUACA